CGUCCGAGCAGCCGCACGGUGCGAACGUGCCCUAACCACCAACUAGUGAUGUGUCGUGAUGUGUGACGUUUGAUAGUGUUGUGCUGUGUACCAGGAAUACGUUCCGUAUGGCAUCCCACCGAUGUAAACACAAAGUCGAAAUGAGAUGAGUAUGCGCGUGUCGUGGGCCAGGUGGUGUUGGAUAGUUAUCUUCACCACGUGCACUGCGAGGACAGCCAGCGACUGGCUCGACUGCGCCCACGUCUCCACCUGUCGCUGCAAGUGGUCCUCGGGCAAGAAAACCGCCACGUGUGCCUCUGGUGACCUUCGCCGACCGCCCACACUCUCGUCCGACAUCCAAGUCCUCGAUCUACACGACAACCCCCUCAGAAACUUACCACAGGAAGUUUUCUCAAACAUCGGCCUACUGAACUUACAACGGCUCAAUUUGAGAGCAACUAAACUUCGCUCUAUACACGCUGACGCUUUUUUGGAACUACGAAUUCUAGUCGAAGUCGAUUUGGCCGACAACGAUCUCGCGUUACUUCCCAGAGAUAUAUUUAGAGGGAACGAAAGGUUACGGUUGGUAGUGCUGAGCAAUAACCCUUUGACUACGUUGGUAGCGGAUCAAUUUCCAACGUUGCCGCAUUUACGAAUGCUAUUAUUGGACGGCUGCCGAUUGAGAACAAUACACACAAAUGCAUUACGGAAUUUGAAGUCUUUAGAAACUAUAGAUUUACGUAGGAAUCAGUUGACAUUCCUGCGUCUAAUUACAUUUUCGUUACCCGCUUUGAAAACCAUGUCCCUAUCGGGAAACCCGUGGAGAUGUGAUUGUAGAUUACGCGAAUUUAAAGAUUGGUUUUUAGAAAGUAAAUUAGGCACUGAAGAAUUAGUUUGCGUGGAACCUUCCACACAGUCAGGGAACAAAUGGCGCAAUGUGCCUAGUGAAGUAAUGACAUGCCCGCCUGAAGUUAAAUCGAGUACUUUAGUUGUAAGGGCAGAGGUGGGUGUAGCUGCAACAUUUGGUUGUUGGGUACACGGUAUACCGAAGCCGAAAGUAACAUGGUUGUUUGAUGGAGUAGAUUUACAUAAUAGCAGUGUUGAUUGUGACAUGGAGGAAAUUGAUACGAUUGUAGAGGAUGAUAAUAUUGAGGAGAGAGUACCUGGAAGUGUUAGAUGGGUAAAUAUUACCCUUUACAACGUCACUUCUAGUGCCGCUGGUGAGUGGACGUGUUUAGCUAAAAGUGUAGCAGGAGAAGCUCGUGCUGUUAUUAGUUUGGUGUUACCAAGACUGCAAACAGCGACUGCGCGAACGGCACCUGGAAUUCCUCAAUUACUGGGCGUAGUGUUUGGCGCUUUAGGCGCAUUAGCUGCCCUAGGUUUUAUAGCAGCAGUUGCGUGUUGGCAUUUACGAAAACGAACUGUACCACCGAGUCGAAGCUUCAUGGACCAAGAGAAACGUUUAAUAGAUGCGUCUGUAGUUGUUAGUUGUGAUAGAUCGAUUGCUGACAUGGCCUCACCGUGUGAUUUCGAACUAACGGAACGCUUAUCUGAUGAACCCCCUAGAAGUUGUGCGUUCGAACCUGUACAUAUUACCAUAGAAGGUACUCCAGGGGCGUUUCCGCCUCCCCCAGCAGAGUUCGCAGUACCUGUCCCUUAUGGAAAUAUAUUUAUUUCAGUGCAAGUAGCUGGUAGAGGAGAGCAUGGAAAGUAUCCCGAUUUAAUAGGUGGUGGAGCAACCUUGCCUCGGCGAACAAGGACUUGUUGUGGUGCACCAGCAUAUGACAAUAUGGGUCCUAGAGUGACAGCCACGGGAAGCUCAACCUGGUCGCUUCCUGGAGCGAGUGGAGAAAAUGAACCAUCAGAAACCCCCGUGCUCACCUUACCGCCACCGCCACCUGAGUUUGUCUCCCUUUAGCCUAGGCCCCUGGUACUAGAUCCCUCUAACCUGAGGUGACCUGGUACCCAACAUUUUACGAGUCAAUUAGACUAAUUCCCAAUUUUAUUGUAUUAAGAUAAUUUUGAUGGAUAAUUAAAAUUGUAAAUAAUGUGUGCGCGAUGUGAGACAUCCUGUGAGAUUUAAAUAAUAAGGUUGUUAUCGAUAUUGUAUGAUAAUUGAAUCUGUAAGCAAACUUGUUAUUCGUACGUUGGGAUGUUGACUUGAGAAAGCAUUAGUCUCGAUCCAUUUGUUUACUAGUUGUUCCUUUCGUCUUCGCAUGUUGUCUUCCCAACUUUUGUAAAUAUUGUUUAUUCGUGUUAUACACUUUUCCCAAAUAUAAGACUGAACCCUUUGUCUUAUUUUCGUCUCUCUUUGUAACUUAUGUAUAAAGCUAUAAUUCACUUAGGCAAAUAGCUUUUAAUU